ACUCCACUCUCGUACUUCGAACUUUGCGCGUCGCGACGAACUCGUGGCCGUAUUGGUGAUUGAUUUCACGCUGAUAUCGACACAGAUAUCACGGGACGUUCAGCAAGCAGCGCGAUCGAAGAGCCAGAGAGUGUGUACGAGUGUUGAUCGAGAUAUCAACGGAGACGCGUAUAAGAUAUAAGGGGGCAAGCGAAUAGGAGUCAGUGUUGUGCUGGAUCUUCGUUUCGAUCGUACCUACGGUGAUCUAUAAACGUGAAAUCUAUCGAAAUUGGAGAUAUCUGCUCUGAGAAGGAAGAAACAUGCGGAUCUGGCUACUGUUAACCGUCCUCCUAUUUGUCACGGUGCUCGCCUCCGAGACGUUCGCGAAAAAACCUGGCAAGGAUGUCGACGACAAGGUCAGACACGAGAAGAGGAACAAGGAUGUAGCUUAUUCCAAGGAGGGAAAAUCGAAGGUCGGCGAUGGCAGGAAGGUGCAGUCGCGGAAGAGGAAGAACAGCGAGCCCGAGGAGAAGAAGGCGGAGGGUCAAUCCGAGAGUGUCGCCGUGAACGAGGAAUCUGGCAAAGGGCAGAAGUCGAAAAAUAAAAAAUUGAAGGGGAAGGAGAACGCCGAAGUGAAGAGUAAAUCUAAGAACGAGUCGCCGAAGGAUAAAUCGAAGAAGAAGAGCAAGUACGCGGUGGAUGCGCAGGAGGUGCGCCAGAAGGACUCGAAGAAGCCGAAGGACAAGAAAUUGAAGGAGAAGAAACCGAACGCGGAGGAGGAGGGCAGCUUGGAGGGUGAGAAGAAAUCGAAGAAGAAGUUCGAAGGCAGGACCGCGGAUAAAUCUGGAAAAUUGACGAAGGAUGACAAGAAGAAGAAGACCACUGUAGAGGAAGUGGAGGAAGUACCAGUGGAAUUGAAAGUGGAAGAGCCUAAGGCAAAAUCGAAGAAAGACAAGAAGGCUGAGAAGAGCAGGUCGAAACGAGAUGUGAAAAAGGCGAGGAAAGUGGAGCAGGAAGUGGACGUGCCAAAGGACGAAGAGGUGGAGCAAUUUGCGGUGGUCGACGAAGUGAAGACGGUAAAUGGAAAGGCGGGAGGCUGUUCAAAGGUAGCAGCAGAGGAGAACAACGAAGAAUUUAACGAGGAAGAGGCGUGAUGCUCGAGUAUUUUAUUCUGGCGACAUUCUGAAAUGUCAUUUAUCAUCGAUCACGCAUCGUCGAUUCGCGGAUAUUAAGAGAAUUGUGAAAUUAAUUUCCCCCUAGCAAACAGCGUUCGUCGUUAUCGAUUUCUCAAGUUUCCGGUAUCUCGGUCGAUAUUCAUCGACCAAUAAGAAAGCACCACGUUGUAUUAAAUCUCGUUUAUUUCAUAUGGAUCCACGACGAGUCACGCAAACGUUGUAUUAUUU